UUCGUCUCUUUGGCAUUAGCAACUACAUUUUUCACGAAAUUCGAAUAACGGAGCCCGGCAACUCAUCGUAAGGACAAAGCGAGACACUCAUCAUUCCCAAAGCCAUCAUGGAAUCCGACAUGACAAAAUACGCGUCCUUGCUUAAGGACGCCAAGAUACAACAAGACUCGGGCGAUUUAAAGAGUGCAUAUGCGACAUAUGUGGAAGCACAUGGGAUCAUCUUGCGGAUUUUAGGAACGCAGGUUGUCUUCAAAAACCAAGACACAGUUGUGUCAAGCCCUGCUAAUUAUACCCAGCUCUUUGCUCAUGCCCAAGAAAUUUUACGCAGGAUUAAGGAUAUUAUGGACCAAGCCAAAACCCCUACAAUAGCCAUAACAAAACUACCUUCAAGAACUGUAUCAUCCAACUCUGUCGCGUCCAAGCAAUCUAGACCUAAUGCUUCACCACUGCAAUCGACACAAGGUCGCUCAGGCCUUGCCUCUUCACGCAUUUCCCAACGUUCAGUUGCCACGACAUCACCGCUCAACAAAAGGACCAAGAAGAAUAUACCGAUGAUCCCUAUCUCGCCUCUAACAAGACAGUACCUCUUGAAUUCGUAUGCGCUCUCACAGGCCACCCAAAAGUUCGAGCAGGCAAAACAAGGGUCAAGUAGCGGCUCCCACGGCUUGGCUACCUUAAGACGACUGACUGAAGAUAAACGAAUUCAACAAACCAAAGUAGAUGCAAUUAAUGUCCAAAUUCAGUCCGUUGCGGCUUCAACCAUCACCUCAUGGGAUCCUGAUAUGAUAGCUAGGCAGCUAACGAUUAUUGACACACAGCUCUUUAAGGAGAUUGCUAUUCCAAAAGAUCUCGUUCGUGCUGAUCGUAAAUCAUCUCCCUCUCAACGUUGCAUCGAUUUUGAGAUAUAUAUCGUCCAUAGUGUCGCUCAUCUUCUGCUUAUGGAUUGGAAUACCCAUCGCAAUUCUUCAACUAACGGAAGCCCCGCACCAGCUAAGGGCCAUACUCCAAUACAUACCAAUGCAGUGGUACAUAUGAUCAAAGUAGCCAAUAUCCUACUGAAUGUUUAUAGGAACUUCAACAGCUUUAUGGCAAUCAUGAAGGCGCUUACCAGCCCGGAGAUUAAGCGAAUGCACAAAUCGUGGUCCGGAGUCAACUCUAAGACAAAGGAAAGCUUCAAGCGAUUAGUGUCGAUUUAUCGGGCACAGGAUAACGUACAGUGUUAUAAAGACACGCUCAUGCAGAAACUGGAUUCGUUUCAAGAUGUUGGAAAAGGAGCACUAAUAGCUAUUCCUUGGAUGAGGUACCAUAUGGACGAAGUUAAAUCCAUUAUCAACUCAUACCUCACAGGACAAGAGUCGACAGGAGGAUCAAGUGAUAUCGUCCUUUCAGCUCCAGGAGCACGCAAGCUGUCAGCAGUAUCAGCGCUUUUGAAUCAAUGUAGAACCAAUGGAUCAAGCUCCUUUGACCGUCAGGAUAUGGAUGAUAAGUCAUCAAAAUUUCAUAACGGAAACACCAAACACCGUGAACCAGUCCAGAUUGAUGGUAUGAAGUUACCUCUAACUCCGAUCUUGGACUUGGCCUCUUUGGGCAAUGGAGAUAUUACUCUUCACCACUGGCUCCUCUCGCGCCCUUUCCUCAACAAACAACAAUUAAUUGAUGAGAGUCUUGAAAUUGAGCCUUUAUUCAACGGUGAAGAGCUACCUUGCUAUGAAACGCCUUUGAAUAAUGAAGACAGCGAUGAGUCGACGUCCUUAUCCGGAGAUAACGUGCAGAAUGAUUCUUUCGAACAUGUUGUUGCUCCAGAGCAUGACCUAGAACCUUUAGUGCCUAAGCCAUCUCGACCAGCUUUGCCAAGAGCUCCUGUCUCAGAGACAGAGAUCAACGAUAUUAUGAGUGAGCUUUUGAACGAUGAUAGCAAUGAUAGCAAAGGACUUUUUGACGAUCUUAGUUCAGACGAUGACGGCAGCGCCAGCUUUAGCAAGAUUGGAGACAAACAAGAUAACUCGGGAUCUCCAGGACGAUCACAAGAUGUUUUACAGUUCCUAGGGAUCAACCCUAACGACCACUCUGAUAGUGAUCAAGAAGAUGGCGGAGGCGAUUUCUUCCAAAAACUGACCACAGUGGAUAAGGGCAAAGGCAAGGCGAAGGAUUUACAGGGUGGGAAUGAUGACACUGAUGAAAUCAACAACCUACUUGCUCAGGUCAAAGGUCUGGUUCAUGAAUCCAAAAAUCAUAUAGAAGAACUUGAAUCGGUGGACACUCUGGCAAACCAAGAUUUGAAGGGGGAGGAAGAAAGCGACAUAGACGAGCCACAGGACAAUGAAGAUCGAGUAUUUAGCACUGGCAGGAAGUUUGAGCCUUUCCAACAAGGAAGUGAGGAAGACCAGUUUAAUUUUGAUGACGACCAGCCUUCAGUGAAACUCUCAACUACCACUGGCCCCGCAACUUCGUCUUUACUGUCUCUUGAAAGUUUGCGACGGCAAUUACAGAGUGUCGGUCAACUAUCAGAACCUGUGGAGGAUCAAAGAAAGACAGCCUCUGACUCUAGCACAUUACCUGGAAAGGAUGAGCCAGCGCAAAAAACGCAGCAGGAGAAGAACUCGGCCGAACUUUUUAAUGAAAAUACGCUCGAUCGUACAACGCUGAGCCAUGUUGACAAGGAUGAGCUUGCUGAUCUAAGUGCUGCAAAACUAAAUGCACUACCCUCUAACACUAUCUUGGUAUCUGCUUCAGCCUCUUCCAGUAGCCCAUUUAUGACUUAUAUGGCUACCAGAUCUGCGGAGUCAUUGUCAACAUCGCCAUCAUCAUCAUCAUCAUCAUUACUUUCCAUAUCUCCUAAUUUUAUUGGCAAAGGAAGGCGACGUAAAAUCCACACAGAUCGCUCAAGUCAAUCUGAAAAUGCUGGGGAAAAAACACAAGAUGUACAAACGACAACUGGCUUCAGUCCCCCUACGCGACCGCUUUUGACCACGUGUAGCUCUAAAUCCAGUCUUGUAUUGGACGAAUCUGAUGCUCAUCCUGAUGCUAUUGCUUCUAGAGCUAAGGAAUCAUUAGUCAACCAUGAGGAGAUGAAGAAUGUAGCCACUAGCGCGAAGCCAGUUGUGGAACAAUCGGAUCUCAAUCCUAUCAGCUUGGAUCAGAAUGAAAAUGAAGCUAGUAGUAAUGAACAUAAUGAGUCUGACUCAAACAGCAACAUUUUAGAACAGAAAGUAUCUAUCCAGGACCCGGCAGAAGCACACAAUUCAGAGGUGGAGGUCAACAAUAAGGACAGUGAUAAGAAGCCAUUCGGAUUGGGAGCAAGUCUUUUAAAGCCUGAGAGGAAUGAGCAGGCUGGAGCAGAGGAGGAUCAAGAGAGUUUACUUCAAUCUACAUCGUUGCCCUUGUCGAUAGAUGGUCCUGAAGAGGGCAAGCAGGAUAAUCCUACAAAGGUUAAGGAAGGGGAAGAAGGACCAGCUAAUCUCAGACUAGCGGGCGAAGACAAUCCAGGCAUAACUGCCGACAAGAGUCCAGGUGGAGGAGAAUCUAAUGACAAUCGCACUAAAAGAUCUCGGCGUAGAAUCGCUGGAGGUGUCAUUUCUGUAGCAGGACCUGCUGGGUCGGCGUCAUCAUUGAUUUCGAAAGCAUCGAAUGCAUCCCUUUCGAGUGCAUUCAAGGAAGGAACGUCUAGUAAUCAUUCAUCCUCCUCAGCGGAUAUUGAUACUACUGCUUCUGUUCCGAGGAGCAACAAGGCAAAACGAGACCAAGAGCACGGUCAGAAUGCUGAAGAUGACAAUGCUUUAGAAAAAAAGGUGGCGGAGGCAAAGACUAUUUCUAAUGGCGUCGAUCAUGUGUCAGAGACUCUCCUUGGGAGUGUGGAUAUAAACAUUGUUGCUAGCAACGAGAAGGAUGAUAAGGAUGGUAAGGACAGAGAUUAAGAUCUACCUUAGGUUCUGCUCAUUCCUGUUAAUUUAUUGUCCACAAGACAAAAAUAAAUGGGAGAUGAAUGGACAUUUUCUGUUCAUCUCCAAUUCAGAAAGCAGC